AACUUGAAAAAUUCCCUAAACCCGGAGUAACUUCAAGUUACACGAUCCAAGUGCUGUUCUCAUAUAUGGCAGGCAACUUUUUAAUAAAAUUGUGUAUGUUGUCAUACAUUGCAAUCUAAUGGAACCGAUGUAAAGUCGAUGCACGUCAAAAUGCAUGAGCGUUUAUUGUUUACCGAGGCCUACGGUAGAGAGAAGGAAAAGUUCUUCGUCAAGUCCAAAGGGUCCUAUAGAUGAGCAAUCGAUAACUGAACUGCUGUCAGAUACAACUAGAACAAAAUCUAUUUAUGCUAGUACCGUAUCAAUUAUCAAGGAGGUAGUUUUACCCCAAGGGUAUCCUGACAGCGUCCAUUCGGAUUAUACACAAUACCAAAUAUGGGACACUGUACAGGCAUUCGCAAGUACUAUACUGAGUAUUAUGACAACACAUUCUAUUAUGCAAGGUGUAGGUGUAGGUGAACCUGAAGCAACACCGUUGGCCGCAGCGAUCACGUGGGUAUUAAAAGAUGGGGCUGGAAUGAUCGGUCGUAUCGCAUUCGCAUGGCGGAAUGGGGCAGAUUUUGACAGACAGUGUAAAAAAUGGAGGCUUUUUGCAGACGUUCUUAAUGAUUUAGCAAUGGGAAUAGAAUUACUCUUACCUUAUUACUCUUCCUAUUCUCUUGCAAUAUUGUGUGUUUCGAUGGUAAUGAAAUCAAUUGUUGGUGUUGCUGGUGGGGCAACAAGGGCAGCUAUCACACAGCAUCAGGCAUUAAAAAAUAAUUCUGCAGAUGUCUCAGCCAAGGAUGGUAGUCAAGAGACAUGUGUAAAUUUAAUAGCAUCAUGUGUUGGAAUCUUAAUGCUCUCUACUGUUCAUAUUGGCAGAUACAUAAUGGAACUCUAUCUCUUUCUGGUGGCAGUACAUCAAUACGCCAAUUACGUGGCUGUGAAAUCUCUACGUUUAAAUUCUUUAAAUGAAGAUCGAUAUGCGUUAAUAAUCAAAAGUUACGUAACCAACGAAGUCAUUCCUGAACCUGAAGAAGUUAAUAGAAAUGAAUCAGUAUUAUUAUUCUCAAAACCUACAAUGAACAUGUGUGGGUUUAACAUAAAAAUGGGCGUGUCUCUUGCCACUCUUAUAAAGAAAAAUAUUAUUUCUACAAGUGAUAUUGACCUAUCAUUAAAACUCUUUUUAGAUAGGAAAUAUUUGAUUGCCAUUGACAUAGAGAAUAGGACUAUUUUUAUAUGUUUUAAAAAGGAUGCGUCAGCUUCGGAUGUUUUGGAAGCGUAUUUACACGCUUGCUUUUGUGGUUUCUUCAUUUGUAUGUCUCUCAAAGUGCCACUCGAUCUCUUCUUAAAACCAGAAGUAAGUGAUAUAUCGUAUCCUCUAUUGCGCCUUUACGUGCUUAGUAAGAAAUACUCCAUUGCAAACAAUAGCGCGCAGUCAUCAAAAGCAAUAGAAAGCAUUUACGUUACUAAUUUGUUGAUUUCUGGCGAAUACAAAGCAUUUAUUAGCGGCCUUGAGAGUAAAGGGUGGGUUACGGAAACUAAUUUGUUACCCGUAGCGUCAUGGAGAUUUUUAUAAAGAAAUGGUAAAAGAAAGGCGAAGCAUGAUCAUUAAACAUAUUAAAUAUUGUUGCUCCUUUCUCGACAUUAUUUGCAUAUCUUGUAACUAUCUGUUGGCGAUGAGAUAAAAUUAUCUAUAAAUAUUUUCUUACAAAUUUUUAUCACAGGUGAUUAUAGUAUAGUAAAACUGAUACGGAAACCAGUUUAUUUCCAAUAAUUUAUAAAAAUAUAACACGCCUUUAACCUGUACAAAAUUUCUUGGUUGAAGAAGUUGAACUAAGACUCUUGCUCUUGUUUAGGACCAGUUUGUGAUAAAUGUUUCACUAUGUCCACCCAAUCCCAUCCUCGAGGUCUUUCUCCUUUUCCAUCGGCUUUGUUCCACUGUCUACGUUUCUGGGCUUUACUCAGGUGUUCUUUCUUCGGUUUCUUUGUUGUCUCUUCAGCCUACACGCAAUAAAUUUGUUCUUCGUGCAUCUUAA